AUGGGAUCCCCGAUCAGAGAUACCUCACCGUUGGUCCUUCCACCGGCUCCGAGCGUUUUGCGACAAUCCUUAGCCCGUUCCGCUGGUCCUCCGAAACCUGACCCUGAGAAGGAAGAACUGCGAGUGCAGGUUAAUACUUUGAAAUAUGAGCUGGACAACUCCAAGCAAGAACGUGAGUUGAUGGUCCUACGCCAUGAGAAGGAGCUCCGGGAACUUCAAUCAAGAGCGGACGCGGACUUUCGGAAAGCGCAGGCCGCCGAGUCGUCCAGCAAUCGUGCCAAUCACAAGACCGAAGCCCUAGCGAAGGAGCUGAGAGAAGCCCAAGAAAACGGACUCAACGAGAAAGUUGAGCUAGAGCGAAAAGUCCGCAACCUUCAAGAUCAGAAUCAGUCCCUAAAGGAGGAUAUAGAAGAUAAUCAACAACAGUUGCUCGAUCAGGAGAGACAGGCGAAGUACCAGAUUAAUGAGCUAGAGACCAUUCGGUUAUCGCUCCAGAAAACGCUCGAUGAGCUGCAUCGAGAUCUCGAAAACGCGAAGAACGAGGCUCAGACAGCACAAGAUAAGCUUCGCGAGCGCGAGUCGAAUAUCGCUGAUCUGGAAGCUGAAAAUAUCCGACUAAAGGCCGAGGGAAAUGACGCGGAAAGUCUGAUUGUUCUCAAGAGGGAACUUUCCGAGCAAGUCAACCAUAUCAGGACCCUGGAAACCACCAACAGGGCACAAAGCGCAGAGUUACAGCAUCUACGCAAGGUACAGCGGAAUGUCGAGGUAGUCGAAGAGCAAAAGAAAUCAUUGGAAAACCAGCUACAGCUCAUAAAGGGAGUUGAGGCCGAACUGGAGACUGUCCAGAUCCAGAAGCAAGUACUCGAAGACGAGCGGAAAUCAUGGUCCAGCCUAUUACAGGACAGCGACCAAUCCUCAGAAUACAAUUCACCAGAAGCUGUCGUCAAGGCUUUGCUAAAAGAGCAGAUUGAGAAAGCCGAUGCCAUUGACCGGCUCGGAAGUAUCGAAGCACAAUUUUUGGAGAAGGACGAACAAAUAAAGGCCCUGGAAAGCGAACGUUCCAACUUGAAGCAAGAGAUAGAGAAGCUUCGUGCAGCCGGAACGGCAGCAAACGGCCCAAUGGCAGAGAGUCGUGCCAGAGCUCGAUUGGAGCGCCAACGGGCACUUGCUCAAAAGGAAGUCGAAUAUCUUCGCGCCCAGUUGAAGACUUUCGACACCGAAGAGGAAACCAUGAAUGCAGAGCAAGGUCACUUUGAUGCGCAAAAAGCCGAGCAAAUCGCCAAUCUCGAGAAGAUGAUUGACGAGCUUCGGCAAGAACUCGCAAAAGCCCAUGAGGAACUCACCAAGCGGGAGGCCCCUCAGCAAGAGGACACCACCGAACCCAGAGGCACGAAACGGCCUCUCUCACCCGCCGAAAGCGAUGCAGAAGCCGAACGCCUCUCCGUUCUCACUCGCAAAAACCGCAAACUUCAAGAAUCUCUCUCCAAAUCCGAACAAGCCAUGACCCUCCUCCGCAAGGAAUUCGAUGCCACAAAGACUCAACUCAAACACUACAAAGCGAAAUCCCGCACGCGCAUCCUCGAACUCCGCGACAACCCAACGGCCCAAGCGGAAAACCUCAAACUCUCCACAAUCACCACCCUCAAGAACGAGAACGCCGACCUUCUCGCUCAACUCCGCGGCCACCACAACUCCGUCAAAACAGUCCCCAUCUCCACCCUCGAAGCGAUGAAGCUCGAAGUCCAAGACAUGGAGCGCGCAGUCGCAGACAAGGAGAAGCGCAUGCGCCGCCUGAAAGAAAUCUGGACCGCCAAGUCCUCCGAGUUCCGGGAAGCCGUCGCCUCCCUGCUAGGCUUCAAGCUCGAUUUCCUCCCCAACGGCCGCGUCCGCGUAACAUCCAUGUUCCAUCUCUCCUCUGCGUAUCGACACGGCGAGGACGGCGCUGGGUCUGAUGCAACGGGACCAGGAAGCAUGGGCAACGGCGAGGAAAAUUCGAUCAUCUUUGACGGGGAGAACGGCACGAUGAAGAUUUCCGGCGGACCAAACAGUCUCUUUGCGAUGGAGAUCAAGCACCUCAUUAAGUUUUGGGUCGAGGAGAGGAAGGAUAUCCCUUGCUUUCUGGCGGCCAUGACGUUGGAUUUCUAUGAUAAGACGACAAGGGCGGCGAGGAUGUGA